AAUAAUUUCAAGAAUCUAGGCACAAUGGUCAUCAUUUUUUUAUUUAAAAAAUCUGCGUUUCUGAUUAUAAAAUUGUAAAUAACAAAAUCGAAUGUAUUUGUUCAAUAUGAUUCCAACGAGCCUGUAAUUAUAGGCUUAUAAUAUAAUAUUUGAUUUAUAUAUCCUACAAAUGUAAUGGUUGUGAACUUAAAUUAUAGAAAUGAACUUACACCUUAAGCAUAAAUAAAUUAUUUAAAGUAAAGUAAACAAUAUGGCAUUUUCUGUAGACUAAAGAAAAACGCCAUAAGUGCCAUAAACACCACGGGAAUGUCCUUUGUGGCCAAUCGUGUCUUCUGGGUUUACCUUUAAGCUGCACUAGUCCCCUCCUAGUGCGCAUAUAAACCCACUUCUCCCAGACAACUCUCAGAAAACUUUGGACAGGAACUUUCACCAUGCUCUACUCGUUGACAUUUCUCGUCGAAAAGCUAUCCCUUCUCUCGAACUUCAAACUUUUUGAGUUUAAAUGGACGGAUGGGAAACACAAAGGGGCGGGAUGCACAGAGCGCACGACAUAUAGUCCUGUAGUCGCGCCGUUGUCUCUCCAGAGAGGGGACCUUUUGGAGGUGCCGAGGACUUUGUUCACGCACUUCGGUAUCUACUUGGGUGACAACAAAGUCGCUCACCUGAUCCCAGAUAUCAUGCCCGUGCUAACCAAUGACAAGAUGAUCAUCAAAAAAGUUAUCACAAAUAAGAGACUCAUCAUGGGUUGCUUGUACAAGUGUGCCGCGGUGCGCGUGGACACCUUGGAUGACUUUGUAUAUGGCUCAAACAUAUUGGUGAAUCAUAUGGAUAGAAAAUGCAAGGCGCAACAACCGUUCCCAAAUGAAGAGGUUGCCGAGAGGGCAGAACAACUCGUCGGCGCCAUCCCUUACAGUUUACUAUGGAAUAACUGCGAACAUUUUGUUACAUACUGCAGAUACGGUUCAGCGAAAAGUCAGCAAACGGAAAUGUUUUGUGAGUUCCUGAAAUCAAUCAUCCGAGACCAGAGGAGUGUCUUUCUCAGUGUUCUCCUCGGAAUUAUCUACAUCAUCUGCUUUGGCCUGGCGCCUUCAACUACGUUACCCACAAUCCUCAUCCCCUUCACUCUGUGGAUGGCCGGCUGAGAAGCCAAUGUUCAAAGCCUUCAAACACUCCUAAAUGGACAUUUCAAUAGAAACGAUUUGGGAUGGUGUCUUUUCAUUGGUCCUUGUGAUGACAUUAAUUGGCACCUCCCAACUCAUUUGACUUUGGUAUAGGCCUAUAGUGGAACGUCACAUAAUAGUCGAUUGUUACAGCAAGCGCUAGCAUCCACUCACUUUUGAUUUGAUCCUUGCCAGCCAAAAGUAAACACAGGGCAAUGUGGCUGCAGGCCUAGCAAUUUUACAUGUGAGUGUUCAUGUCAACACUUACUGUAUUGUAUGUAGGCCAUUAAGGCAUUAUAAAGCCUUUAUAAAGGCCAUAUGAUCCCUCAGUGAACAAUGUAUUGUCCAUAUUUCCCCCAAAAGAUUGGCCAAGGCGCACUUUCUACUUUGUAUCUUACUGUGUAAGUCACUGUCGUCUAAUCUGUAAAUAAUUCAUUUUCUUCAAUGAUGAUCCUCAAGUAUAAUUUUUAAAAAAUCAAUACAGUUUGAAACUCUAAGAGUACUACGCUGAUUAAUACAAUACUUAUGUGUUUUGAGAGCAGAUCAUUUUGUUUUCAAUCAAAUACAUUGUAAAUAUCAGAAAUGUUAAUAAAGAUAUUGGAAGUUGUCA